CGACGGUCACCCUCUGUCUUGUACUCCCAGGAUUUCGUAGCUCUCACUGGUGAACGUCUUGCUUGCUUCUUCCAGAUGAGAUAGUGGUUUGCCAUGGACCUUCUUGAGCCUUCUCCUCAAUCGCUGGCGUUCCGGGCCAAUUUAGCUAGCCUGGUGUCACCCCUCCGCCGACUCAAGCCGAGGGUGCCCUUCUUCCGCCUGCCAGCACACCGUAUACCGACAUUAUGGUCAUGGUAUAGACCUCUUCUCCGCUACGCGCCAACCGAGAAUGAAAGAUCAAGCAACGUGUGCGCCGGUUAGCAGAUCAGAAUCGAGCGCAUGUUGGCGUGAAGAGGACGAGGGCAACGCUGCAGACUGGGUAUAAGUGGCUCGACGUCUUCAAGCGU